UCCUCCUGCUUCCAGACCAGCUCUUUCCUGGCUGGAGGUCUCAGCUGAUCGGGGCUGUCAGAGCCCAGGGCUGGCAGCUGCUUCUGCUGGGAGAAGGCAGGGGGGAGAAGAUCUUGUGCAGAGAGAGGCUGGGACUUGGCUGAGGUGGCUCCUGGGCUUUGAGGUGCACCUGUGACCCCGAGCCAUGUCCUGCAACCCUUGCUGCCAGCCCUGCGGCCCCUGCCCGCUGGCCAACAGCUGCAAUGAGUGCUGUGUCAGGCAGUGCCAGAGCUCCACCGUGGCCAUCCAGCCCUCCGCAGUCGUGGUGACCCUGCCCGGGCCCAUCCUCAGCUCCUUCCCACAGAACACCGUGGUGGGAUCCUCCACCUCCGCUGCUGUUGGCAGCAUCCUCAGCUCUGGUGGAGUGCCCAUCAACUCUGGCGGCUUUGACAUCUCCUGCAUCACCAGCCGCUAUGGUGGCAACAGAUGUCGUCCCUGCUAAAUCUGCUGGCAACGUCUUUAGGCAAGAACUUCCAAGACCUCAGAACCUGGUUCUGGGCAGGAGAUAGAGCUUUGGGACAUUGUAUUUAGUGCCUGAACCAUUGUUCCCUUCUACUUUUUUUUGUCUUUCCUUUACUCUCUGUGUCUCCCCAGGCCAGCCUAGGGGGACGUAUUGCCCUCCCCUCCCUCUUUAGGGCAGUUGGAUGGUCACCCCGCAGGAACUCUGUUGCAUCUUAGUGGCUGCUCCAGGUGCUCUCUGUGAGCCACCUCUAUUUCUACCUUACAUUCAUUAAAGUUGUGCAUCCAA